AAAAGGGGUGGAGUAAUGAGGUUGCAGGGUGCUGGGCGGGAGGAAGUGGAGGAGACAGCCAGACUGCAGGCGCAGCCUUGGCUGAAGCGCUUGCUGGCUGCUGAAACAGAUCAUCCAGCCAUCCGAGGGCGCUGUGCUGGGAUCUUUACAGACUCUAUGAUAGCUGUCUCCCACGGCUCGGAGGAAGUGCACCCAGGCACCUCCUAUAAACUUCCGUCGCUGGCCUUCCCUCUUUCUUUCUGUGCCGAUAUCGCUCCCGCCAACAUGGUGAACGUUCCUAAGACCCGCCGGACGUUCUGCAAGAAAUGUGGCAAGCACCAGCCCCAUAAAGUGACACAGUACAAGAAGGGCAAGGACUCUUUGUAUGCCCAGGGAAAGCGGCGUUAUGACAGGAAACAGAGUGGCUAUGGUGGGCAGACUAAGCCUAUUUUCCGGAAAAAGGCUAAAACUACAAAGAAGAUUGUGCUGAGGCUUGAGUGUGUUGAGCCCAACUGCAGAUCUAAGAGGAUGCUGGCUAUUAAGAGAUGCAAGCAUUUUGAACUGGGAGGCGAUAAGAAGAGAAAGGGCCAAGUGAUCCAGUUCUAAGCUGAUCGUGUUAUGAAGACAAUAAAAUCACAAUAAAAGAAA